AUGGCUUCCUCACCCUUUUCCGACAUGCUAAAAUCUCUCUACCACCCCGAUCACAUUUUCGGCGACGAAGAUACGUGGUACGAUGCGCCCGCCGACUUACCACAGCAAGAAAUCGAAGAAUAUUUUGAUGCUCUCGAGAAUCAGAAUUUUCAUAUCGUUUUGGCUUCACCCUUUCUAACAGAGGAAAAGACCAACAGAUUUGUCAACAAUCCAGAACGGAAUUAUUGGCCUAUACUACCUACAGACACACUUAACAACGAAAUCGGCGUCUUUAUUACAGACGAGAAUCUUCGUGAUGACGAUCGAGAAUAUAUCCAGCUUCAGCAUAUACGCGCAAAGCUUUCAAACUUGCACGAUAAUCAUGAGCGUGAUAUCGAGGUAGAAGACCACACAAUCAGUGUGACUCUCCAAAAGCUUUGGGCUGUUGGAGAAACAUUACACGAGCCGGACAAUAUCUAUACUGGCUCCGAUUAUAAGAGAAAGAGAGAUUUGGUCCUGGAGAGAAUCAAUGAAUGUUCUCGGACAAAGGAACGCCUUGAGAAUGAAUAUCUCGACACCGUAUCGAUGCUUGCGAAGAAAAUGAGGGAAAUCUCACAGGAAUGGAAGAAGAAAUGUAGAGAACGCGAAACAGAAUUGGCCCUACAACAGCUGCGAGCGAACAACUCAGAGAUACAGAAUCGUCUCCAGAAUGUAUUGAGAGAGAAGGCGGGACUGGAAAGCGGAUUGGCUUUUCUCCAAUACGACAAUGAGUUAAUUGAGACCCGUAUGUAUCAAUUUCAAGAUGAUUAUAACCAUCUUCGAAGAGUGAGAGAGGGCGUGUUGGGAGAACAUAAUCGGAGCGUCGAUCGUGCGAUCGAACAACAAAACGAUGACGCAAUUCGAAAUCGAAAUCUUGAAGCCCAUCUCAGGAAUCACCGUGAAGCGAUCAUCCUCGAAAGACGUCAACGAGAUGCUGCGCGCGAGAAUUGUAGUGUUUUGCUGGAGAAUCUGGGUAGGGAAAGACAAGAGCUGACAUCGCUAAGAAGAGACCUGUUUGAGGCUAGAGCUCGAGGAGAUUGUUUGAAUCAUAGCAUUGAUGCACUCAAAAUGGAAAUAGACGAUCAAAAAACUGGAGUGAUGAGCUAG